AUGGUCGGAGGAUUAAAGGGCGUCGUUGUGUUCGGAGGAUUGGAGAGUGGAAAGGGGCAAGAGCAAUCGACAUUGAUCUGGUUCUCAUCAAAAAGUCUCGUCCAAGUUUUAAUCGCAGAUCUUCAUCUUCUUGCUAUCUCAGGUCGUCAAUCGUUUGGGGGAAUAUUUGGGCGGAGAGCCGCCAUUGAGCUUUGUGGGGGAGUCGACAAGAUGGAUUGGAAGAGACAAAAGGGAUUGGAAGAGACAAAAGGGUUUGGAAGAGACUGCUGGAGGUCACAGAGGAGGAGGAGGAGAGCAGCGCCAAGGCCGUGA